AUGGCUGAUGCUUUUGUUCAAAUUUUGCUGGAGAAUUUGAUCUCACUUAUCCGAAAGGAGGUUGGGUUGCUUUGGGAUGUUGACAAAGACAUGAGAAAACUUUCCAGCUUGCUCUCAACUAUUCAAGCUGUGCUGGAAGAUGCUGAGAAGAAGGAAGUGCAUGACAAGGCGCUUCAGAAUUGGCUGCAGAAGCUAAAAGAAGCAGCUUAUAAGGUGGAUGACAUCUUGGAUGAUUGUGCAACAGAAGUCUCUCGAUUAGAGUCUAAAUACAAAAAUUCAAGGUGUAUCAACAAGGUAAACACUUCUCUCUUAAAUAAACUUCGUCCAAAUACUAUUUUAUUUCGUCGCAAGAUUGGCAUUAGGAUGAAAGAGAUUAGAGAGAGGUUAGAUGAAAUUGCAGAGGAGAGGAUACAGUUUCAUUUGAAUGAGGUAGUUUCACAGAGAGGAGCUGUAGUCGGAGAAGAACGCCAAACUGGCUCCAUCAUUACUCAACCUCACGUGUAUGGUAGAGAUGAAGAUAAAGCAAUAAUUGUUGAAAAUUUGGUGAAUCAUGUAGCCAGUUGUGAUGACAUUUCCGUCUACCCUAUUGUUGGUAUUGGGGGGCUUGGGAAGACAACGCUUGCUCAGGUGGUCUACAAUGAUGAGAGUGAGCAUGCGUUUUGA